AGAUCCGCCUGCCUCUGCCUCCCGAGUGCUGGGAUUAAAGGCGUGCGCCACCACCGCCCGGCAAAGUAUUUUUUUAAGGGGAUUGCAGGAUAGCUUACUGAUAGGUUCAAGAUGACUGACACACAAAGAAGUAAAUAUCAGAUGCAAUGCUCAGGUUCUCUCUUUGAGCAGUAAAGUAGAUGAUACCCUGUUGGCUACGGUGAAAACGGACAGGGAGAGAAAGAUGGGCUGUCGUUGGGGUAGUUUGCAGUGGGAAUGCAGAGAAUUAAGUUUCAGACAUUAAGCAGAAGGUGCCAGUUAUAUGCAUAGUCAAAAGUGUCGAGUUGCCAGGCGGUGGUGGCGCAUGCCUUUAAUCCCAGCACUUGGGAGGCAGAGCCAGACAGAUCUCUGUGAGUUCGAGGCCAGUCUGGUCUACGGAGUUCCAGGAAAGGUGCAAAGUUACACAGAGAAACCCUGUCUCGAAAAAAAAAAAAGUGUCAAGUACACAGCUGUGAAGGUUUAGGACGUAAAACCUAAUUUGCUUGUGUUUGCAUUUGGGUUAGCCAUAAAUUAAUUUGAUAAUGAAGAAACUUGGCAAAUACUGCUUUAAGUGAUCAAGGUUAACUUCAGGAGCAAAUCAUGACUGCUACAAUCCUUUGGUGCUGUGAGAACAGUACUUCUUUGCUAACACACACCGGCCCAAGCAUAAACUUACUCUAAUGAUGAAAAUCUUAAUCCCGAAGGGGACAUAACCUGCAAAAUAGAGAGGAGACAUUGUGACUAAAUUAACUGUAUCUUGGAAUAGGAAAAAGGACGUGAAUGGGAAAGUUGACAUCAAAAUAUACCGUUAUACUAGUGUUAAUUUCUUAGUUUCAUUACAGUGUCAUAUGUUAACAAUGGGGAAGCUGGGUAAAUGAUCUAUAGGCUCUAUAUCUUUUUAACUCUUCUGUAAAACACAUUGUUUUAAAAUAAAAUAUGCAGACUUAAUAUGUAAAUAAAGGUAUGGUUAGAAACCUAUAUAUGAAGACCAGUGGCACAAUUGGUUAGCGUGUGGUACUUUCAUGAAACCUACAUGCAGACAUGCAAGUGUGACAAUAUCUUGCCAAGUGAUAAAAUGACUGUGCAAUUUAAAAUGCCCAGUAGGAAACUGAGUGGUUUCAGUGUUGCAAUUACAGGUACAUAUCACUAUAUUUUUAUGUAGUUCUAGGCAUUGAACCCAGGCCAUGUUCCAGUGUUUCCUGGAGAAAGUGGUCAACUACAUUUGGAAAGUUGUAUAUUUCAGUCUUUGUUUUCCAGUGGGUAGUUCAUAGUAGCAAAUUAAGGACUUAGAAAAUCUUCCCUUACUUGCUGACUAUUGCUGUGUAAUUUACUGUUUCUCAAAUACAUAUUAACCUGGAAUCCUGCCUUUUUUUUUUUUUUCCUUCCCAGGACAUUUCAGUGUCCUGAGGAAUUAAUCAUGCUUAGUUUUGUUUUGAUUUUUGAAACAGUAUCUUACUGUGUAUCCCAGACUGGCCUGCAGUUUAUGUUGCCAGAGUGUCCUUGAACUCACAGUGAUCCUUCUGCCUCAUUCUCUCAGAUCUAGGAUUACAGAAUUGCUAUGAUGGAAGUCAAAGAGAAGAAAAAAUUCACAGGAAAGAGUCCAAAAACAGCACAAGGAAAGACUAGAUUUCAUAAAAACAGUGAGUCUAGUUCUUCAAAAACAUUCCCAAGGAAAGUUGUUAAGGAAGGUGGGCCUCGAGUCGCAUCUAAGAACUUUCAGAAAGGUGCCACAAAACCUGGCAAAAAGGGUGUGAAGCAGUUCAAGAACAAGCCACCAGGGGGCAAAGGACCGAAGGACAAAUUCCAGAAGCCAAAUAAAUUCAACAAGAAGAGGAAAUUCCAGCCAGAUGGUAAAAGUGAUGAAUCAGCAGCCAAGAAACCCAAAUGGGAUGACUUCAAAAAGCAGAAGAAGGAGCUGAAGCAGAGCAGGCAGCUCAGUGAUAGGACCAACUAUGACAUCGUGGUUCGGGCAAAACACAUUUGGGAGAGCUUGCGGAGAAAAGACUGCGACAAAGAAAAAAGAGUGAAGCUGAUGAGUGAUUUGCAGAAGUUGAUUCAAGGGAAAAUUAAAACUAUUGCCUUUGCCCAUGACUCAACACGUGUGAUCCAGUGCUUCAUUCAGUAUGGGAAUGAAGAGCAGAGGAGGCAGGCCUUUGAAGAACUGCAAGGUGACCUGGUUGAACUAAGUAAAGCCAAAUAUUCGAGGAAUAUUGUCAAGAAAUUUCUCAUGUAUGGAAGUAAACCGCAGAUAGCAGAGAUCAUCCGAAGCUUCAAAGGUCACGUGAGGAAGAUGCUGCGGCACUCAGAGGCAUCGGCCAUCGUGGAGUAUGCGUACAAUGACAAAGCCAUUUUGGAACAGAGGAACAUGCUGACAGAGGAGCUCUAUGGGAACACGUUUCAGCUUUACAAGUCUGCAGAUCACCCCACUCUGGACAAAGUGCUGGAGGUGCAACCAGGAAAACUAGAGCUUAUUAUGGAUGAAAUGAAGCAGAUUCUGACUCCGAUGGCCCAGAAGGAAGCUGUGAUUAAGCACUCGCUGGUUCAUAAAGUAUUCUUGGACUUUUUUACCUAUGCACCCCCAAAACUUCGAUCAGAAUUAAUCGAAGCCAUCCGGGAAGCAGUGGUAUACCUGGCCCACACACACGAUGGCGCCAGAGUGGCCAUGCACUGCUUGUGGCAUGGUACCCCCAAGGACAGGAAAGUGAUCGUGAAAACAAUGAAGACAUACGUUGAAAAGGUGGCCAAUGGCCAGUACUCUCACUUGGUUUUGCUGGCAGCGUUUGACUGUAUUGAUGACACUAAGCUUGUGAAGCAGAUAAUCAUAUCAGAAAUCAUCAGUUCCUUACCCAGCAUAGUGAAUGACAAAUAUGGGAGGAAAGUCCUAUUGUACUUGCUGAGUCCCAGAGAUCCUGCCCACACCGUACGAGAAAUCAUCGAGCUCCUGCAGAAGGGUGAUGGCAAUGCACACAGUAAGAAAGACACGGCCAUCCGCCGGCGUGAGCUCUUGGAAUCCAUCUCUCCAGCUUUGCUAAACCACCUGCAAGGACAUGCUCAAGAGGUAGUGCUGGACAAGUCUGCAUGUGUGUUGGUAUCUGACAUCCUGGGAUCUGCUAUUGGAGACGUUCAGCCUGCCAUGGAUGCCAUCGCCAGUUUGGCCGCAGCAGAACUGCAUCCUGGUGGCAAGGACGGAGAGCUUCAUGUUGCCGAGCAUCCUGCAGGACAUCUGGUUCUCAAAUGGUUAAUAGAGCAAGAUAAAAAGAUGAAAGAAAAUGGAAGAGAAGGUUGUUUUGCAAAAACCCUUAUAGAGCAUGUUGGCAUGAAGAACCUCAAGUCCUGGGCCAGCAUCAAUCGGGGUGCCAUCAUUCUUUCCAGCCUUCUUCAGAGCUGUGACCAGGAAGUUGUAAACAAAGUCAAAGCUGGACUGAAAAGCCUGAUUCCGACAUUGGAAAAAACCAAAAGCACCAGCAGAGGAGUCGAAACUCUACUGGAAAAGCUGACUGCGUAGGCAUGCAGGAUGAGCAAGCUGGAACCUGCUGCUUCCCGUGGAGAUGAAGGGCGGAUCCACCGUACUCAUAACUGGACACUCUAUACAUGUAGCCUUUGUUCAAGGACCUAUUUAUAUAAAAUUGUUUCUAAAGGAGA